CAGCUCUUAGCCACACACCUGAGACAACAUGAGACCCAACAGCUUCUUGGUCCUGGCAGUGUUCCUUUUCCUGGGGAUCCUGGUGGCACAGGCAGCCGUCAGUGGAGUUCCUCCUAAAGGGCAAGGUCGUGUUCUGGUCAAAGGACAAGAUCCCGUUAGAGGUCAAGAUCCAGUCAAAGCCAAAGUUCCCGUGUCCACUAAGCCUGGCUCCUGCCCCCACAUUCUGAUCCAGUGCGCCAUGUUGAACCCCCCAAACCGCUGUCUGAGAGACACCCAGUGCCCAGGGGCCAAGAAGUGCUGUAAGGGCGCUUGUGGGCUGGCCUGCUUGGAUCCCCAGUGAGCCAGGUGGAGCCUGUCCUUGCUGCACCUGUGACGUCCCCAGAGCUGCCGGUCCGGACCCCUGUCCCACGGGCCCAUCCCUCCCUGGGCAUUCUGCCUCCCGCCCAGGAUGCCCAAGUCUGGGCUUGGUUGCUUCCCUUGUUGACCUUGCAAUAAAAGACGACUUUCUGCUCCA